ACACACAUCCACAUUACUGUACUUCAAUAAACAAGCAACAUGUUCGAAUUUCAAUUUGAUAUGGAAAUUGAAAUUAGAAUUAUAAAACUGUCGACAGAAGUAUUACAUACUACGUUUGAAUCACUAGCUAUCGACUGUACUUCCAUAUUACUUUAAAAGUAGAUAGCUGUAAAUCUGGAGAUAGUUCUUAUUUUUUUGGUGUUCUGUCGUUGCAUAACAAUGUAUUUAGCGAUUUUUUUUGCCCCCUAUGGCCCCUUGUCGUUGCAGCUGCCUUUCAAAACUGCUCCUCUUUAUUGUAUCCCAUAAUGCUCUUUUCAGGAAAUACAUUCUAUGGUGUACCAUCAUUUUUUGAAGAGUAUCGCUGAUUUCUCAGGCUUCACAAUAUCACAGAGCCGUCUUCCACGCUCUUUCUCAAUAUCUAUAUUAUAACGUCUCCUCUUCUAAAACUGAUGUGAAAUCGUCUGUUAAAAUGUCGUACUCCAUUACGUUGCAGACGCAGUUGAUCGACAUUAUGGAGGUGUUGGCCAAAGCGGCGGUGGCUGAUAUUUGCAAGCUUUUCGACGCCGAGUCCGCGGUAUUGCGGUCGGAAAUGUCUCUGAGUCAGUACGAAAACAAAGCACUGAAGAGAAAAUUACUGCACAUGGAGAGAGAGUUGAUGACCGUACGGGCUAUAAAAACGUCGGGAAAGGCAAGCUCCACCGAAGCCGACGUUGAACGAGGGGUGGAAUAUUCCUCCACUUUAAGUGUCUUGGAGAAAGAGCCUCACAUGCACUUGUGGAAAGAUGGAGUGCCCGUCGUGCAUGACGCUGAUGUUGACAGCACCCUGCAGUCAGUCACCGAGUUCGCAGAAUCGAUGGAGGAGAGGACUGAUUUUUUUCUUGUAAAAGAGGAGAAAUUUGAAGACUUUGGGAACAGUGACUCACAGAGUGGGACAGAGUUUGGCAUGGAGAAGGUUUUGGAAUGCGAGGCUCAAACCGGGGAGGGGCCUCGUCGCCGGGAGGCGGAGCCUGGCGCACACCCCGCCCUCCUUUCGGGAGCUGAGCAGGAGCUGGAUUCGUAUCCCGCGGCCGCGGGGACGGCGGGAGGCGAGGACCCCUGUGGGUUUUUCCUUUGCGGAGAGAGCCUCGGUGCGGCGAAGGAGGCCGGGCCCUGCGGGGCGGACGGCGCGGGAAACCAGUUCAUCUGCACGUACUGCGGGAAGAGCUGCGUCUGCUUCAGCCAGUUCCAGAGGCACGUGCAGACUCACCUGGAGGAGAGACCGCACGCCUGCGCCGAGCGCGGGGACGGAAUCCCCGAGAAGAGCGGCGGCGUUCGUCAGGACGUCCCGGCCGCCGAGAGAUCCCCGGGAAAGGGAAACUUCGCGUGCGUUUAUUGUGGGAAGGGUUUCUCUAAAAAGCAGUGUCUUGACGUGCACCAGCGGAUUCACACGGGAGAGAAACCGUACCAGUGUUCCGAGUGCGGCCGGAGGUUCUCCAAGAAGUGCAACCUCAGUUUUCACCAGCGCACGCACACGGGAGAGAAACCGUUCAGGUGCCCCAAGUGCGGGAAGACUUUCUCCCAGAAAUCCAACCUGAAGAGACACGAAGACAAACACGUUCAGACUGCCCAGAGGGCCCUUAAAAAGAGCCGCUGCAGCUGCAGGCAUUGUGGGAAGGUUUGCGUUUCUCCGUCGCACCUUGAAAUACACCUGCGCACUCACACGGGGGAGAAACCGUACCAGUGCUCCGAGUGUGGGAAGAGCUUCGCCAAGAAGUGCAACCUCAAUUUCCACCAGCGCACUCACACGGGAGAGAAACCGUUCAGCUGCGCCAUGUGUGGGAAGUGCUUCUCGCAGAAGUUCAAUUUGAAACGACACGAAAGCGUCCACAUCAUCGGGAACUCCUCUAGAGAAGAGUUUGUUCAGUUCAGUGCACUGUAGGAGGGGAUUCCAGUGGGAUCACAGGAAAAAAAAACCCCCAGCUGUGUGCAGUGCCCUUACGCAUGGGGGCCUCUUCACCCAAAUUCAACCGGGAUUUAGGCGUUUUACCAGCUUAUUUUUCCGGUUUUCUCCUGAUUUCCUUCAGGCAGUCUUUGUGUAUUUAAAUGAAUAAAACAGAAUUUUAGACAUGGUUUAACAGAUACAGCGGUCUGAAGAUGUUCCAAAAUGGUUGCUAGUUUGGGGAGUUAACACAAAGAUGAAUGUACUUCCUAUGAAAAUUAGAUUAUUAAAGGUCCAGGGUACUAUUUUAAUUGUGGUUAUAUUCCCCAGAAUUGAUUGUCGUCUUAAUAUUUUUUUCAAUUAUUUAAUCCAGUUAUAACCAUUAAAUUGUAAUAAACGGCUUUAGAUUAUUGUGACCUGUUCAGCGGGAAAGUGGGUGUGUAUCCUGCACUCAUUAACAUUAAUAUCCGUAAGACAGUCCUAUGUAAACCGUUCCUCAGCUAGACAGUUGAUAUGUGGACCAGGUCAUCAUCCUUAUAGAAUUCCUUCAUGGUUAAAAUCUGUUUAUUCUUAAUCCUGGUUGUGCACCAUGUGUUCAUGCAAUACACUUUUUGGGCACAGGGAAGGGGGGUGACAUUUCUGAACUAUAAGCCAUAGAGAAUAGAGAAUUGAGGUUCUCUUCCAUCCUCUAAACAGUUAUACAUUAAAAAGCUUUGUGCUUUUUAAAAACAGGACAGUAGUUUGCAACAAUGUGUGUUUUUCUGUGUGAGCUCUGAACCAGAACAGCGAUCUCUGGUGGCCAAAGACUAUAUUACAGGUAGACAUAAUCAAGGUUGGGUGUUUGUCACGGAAAUAUCAGCUGAAGUUGCGGGGCAGUCAUGGCUAAUUUUUUGAAAAUCACGUAAAAAUUAAAAGUGGAAGAAAUCAUGGAGUUUAAAAAAAUAAUAAUGCCAGCUGCUAUCGCUGUACGAGUUAAAUACAUUGAUAGGCUAUUUUCCGUGGAAUGUAAAUAUUAUUUAUGAUGGAAUCAGAUUUCAGAUACUCAGAAUGGGAAUGAUUUUCCUGCUUGUAUUCUGUAUAUGGUCAUGUGAAAUGCAAGAUGGACAGUAACUGAGUGCUCAUGAGUAAAAUAAUGGAUUUACAAUCACUGCCUACGCCUUGUUCAGCCUGUGCAGGGUGGGUACUUUUAAGGGCAUUCAUUCCUUGGGCAAAAUAAUGUUCCAUGUUCUUUUCAGAAAACCUGGGAAUUGACUUAGAAUGAACUGCGUCUUUGAUAUUUAACAGAUGUUAUCACUACUUUUUAACUUUUAUGUUUGUACUUUCUGAUGUGCAAUGACAUUGAUUGAGAAAUGAUUUCAUGCAUAAUUUGCGCUCCAGAAGGUGGUAUUUCAAGGUAUUUUAUGGCUUUCCACGCUGUGGAGUGUAGUCUUAAAACAUUUGUGUUAAAAAUAAUCACACUUUAACAAUGGUGAAACUUUUAUCUACUGUUGUGAUCAGGCUGAACUUUGUAUUUAAAUUAAAUUCAUUUAGAAAAAAGA